UCCUUGUGUGCACAAGAUGCAACCAAAUUUCGUGGUACAGCCUCGGAAUCUCCUCACUAUCGGCACACUGCUAAUGGCCGCAUCUCACUGCGAUGCCCCUCCGUAUUCUCCAACACAACACCUGUCUUCAAGUCCCACAAACAACUCAAGCGUCUUGUCAAUACGAGCUUGUCAUCAUACGUUGUCUAUCGGGAAAACCCGCGACUGCGCUUGCACCGCUCUCACGAUCUUCAACAACGUACGUGCGGUGCUUGAAACGAGCUUCGACAUCUUGCUGGAUGCUGAAGAUGUGGAGCACGGUCGAGGUAGACUUUGGAGGGAUUGUGGGUGUCUUUCUUUAGGCUGCAGAGACACCCUAGUAAGACAUGGACCCCAUUCAUCUCUUCAGCCCAAACUUCUUCGCCGUCGCCUGUGUUGUCUCCUGCAUUCAAUACCUUCUUCGCCGCAGCUUGCUACUCCAUCUCAUUAGCACAGGCCAAUAAUGCAUGGACACUCCUACGACAUGUUAUCUGGCAUGGUGCCAUUGAUGUGGAUGUCAGUUCAAUAUCGGAAAAUGAUGCGCAGCGCAGGGGAUCACUCGCUAUUAUAGAUACUGGUGAUCACGUUCAAUCUAUUCGCGCGAACCACGAUGUUAGAUCGCCGCUCCAAGGUCAUCAUAAGGUAGAUAACGGGUAUAUGGAUGUACAUAUAAAUAUGUAUAAGUAAUUUGAAACGUCCGAAAUGUUCAAGGAAAGGACAUCUGAAAAUUCCAUUAUUCUUCAAAGUUACACCACCUCUACUGUCUUGACGCAGUCUAUGAUGUUGCGAAUAGACUCGGAAGUCGUUUCUUUGACUUGCGCAAUGAUAUCAUGUUCUGAU